GGACAGAUAGCGAAGCAGGAGACAGCGAGCGCGAGAGCGAGCGAGAGAGAGAGAGAGCUUGCAGGUGCGUCCUGACGAACGAACUAGUCUCUAGUGCCUCGGAGAAGAGUCGAGAGUACGAGAGUGAGCUGUGCGUCGUGAGAGAAAGAGAGAAGGGCGAGACGGAAAGUGGAAGAGCUUGCAAGCUUCACCUGGGCGCGACUCUGGCAUGGAAGCGCGGCCCGUAGCAGCAGCAGCAGCAGCGGCAUCUCACAGGAUCACUGUGAUCAAGGACCGUCGCAAAGUGGCCCCGCACGGAAGCUGCACGAAUGCUGCUGUCUAGUCGCAAGCCCGAGCAGUGGACAGCUGCGUCAGCGUCCCGAGGACUGCCGAGAAGAAGCAGUAGCGGUAGUAGUAGCGCAGCUGCAGCCGCAUCCGUAGGAGCUGGCGGUCGAUGAUUAUCCCCCCGGAGGAGGUGGUGGCUAGAUGACGCGCAGUCAGCGAGUGCUGGCCCUGUUCGUCCUAGUGGCGAGCUGGCGCGCGCUGCUCUCGAGGGCCGCGGCGUUCCCCGACUGGACCGACUGUCCGGCGGUCUGUCGCUGCCGAUGGACCUCAGGCAAGAAGUCGGCCUUCUGCCCGGACGCCGGACUCACCUCGCUGCCGGCCAGUCUCGACCCGGACAUGCAGGUCCUCGAUCUAUCGGGCAAUCAGAUACCCGAUCUCCAAGCCGAGACCUUCAAGCACGCCGGACUGCUGAACCUGCAGAGGGUCUUCCUCAGGAACGCCGGCAUCAGGAAGAUACACGCCGACGCGUUCAAGGACAUGAGGAUACUCAUCGAGGUCGACCUCUCGGACAACCAUGUGCUCAGCCUCGAGCCCCACACUUUCACCGGCAACGAGAGGCUCAAGCUACUGGUGCUCAGUGGUAAUCCUCUGGGCCAGCUGAAGCCAAGCCAGUUUCCGAAGCUACAGCAUCUCAAGAAUCUCGAGCUGCAGAGGUGCGCCCUCAAGAGGGUUCACGCGCUGGCCUUCCAGUGGCUGCCCGCUCUCGAGACGCUCAGUCUGGACAACAACGAGCUGGAGUACCUCGAGGCUACGACCUUGGCCCCUCUGAAGCAUCUGAAGACACUGGGCCUCGACAACAAUCCCUGGAGCUGCGACUGUCACCUGCGCGACUUCUCUCGACUCCUCGUGACCAACAUGUCGAGGCUGUACUCGGUGUCUCAGAGCUGCAUCAGCCCGGCGAAGCUCCAGGGCCGCCGCUGGGAGGACGUCGCGCCCAAGGAGUUCGCCUGUUUGCCAACCCUAAAACUGCCGGCCAACGCGAUACAGGAGGAGAUGAACGGAAACGUCAGUCUGGCUUGUUUCGUCACGGGUGAUCCGGCCCCCGAGGUGUCAUGGCACUUGAACGGGGUCCCCAUUAAUGGAACCAAGAGGAUCGGGGAUGACGUCGGUCCGCAAGGUGGCCUGUGGGUCUGGUCGGACUCGAUAAAGACGAAGAACAACCUGGUGGAGCGCUGGCGUAACCUGACGAUCUACAACGCGAGCGACGUCGACGCCGGCGAGUACACCUGCCACGCGGAGAACAUAGCCGGCUUGGUGCGCGACACCGUCACCGUCAGCAUACCCCGGGUCUUCACCGCGCCUACCCUCUCCCAGGCGGACAACUGGCUACUCUGGCUGAGCUUGGCCGGAGGCGGUACCGUCGCUCUCUGCGUCUCGGCCUCGGCCGUGCUGUUGGCCAUGUGCCUCUGCGGGGGCGCCAGGCGACGCAGCCGCAGGGCCAAGGUCAAGCUUCAGGCUAGCGCGAGCUUUGGUGAUCAGGAGAAGAAGCUGCUCGACCUCUCGGUCACGACCACGGCCACCACCACCAGUCAGCAGCACUCGCAGCACAACCAGAGCCAGAGCCGGCAGCAGCAAGCCCCAGCCCCGAUCCAGGCGGACCUGAACCACUGCCAGCCGGAGUUCGAGCUCGAGCUCGAGCCCCGGCUGAUCGAGGAGCAGCGCCUGGUGGGCCAGUCCUCGGCGAGCGUGACGAUCGAGCGGCUGAGGCUGCAGCCGGACGCCUGCGGCUCGCCCCCGCCGUCGAGCAACAGCUCCUCGGUCAUCUGCCCCGUGGCGGUGGCCGCUGCGGCGGCGGCGGCCGCCCGGGCCCAGCUUCCCGCCAACAUCUACAUCUCCGUCUCGCUGGGCAACGGUGCGCCCAACCAGGAGGCCGCCCCCGUGGCCGUGGCAGCCGCCGCCAGCCUCCAGGCGGCCGAGCUCCAGGUCCACGAGCGCUGCUACCCCGACCUCCUGGACAUCGGGCUGUCCAGCUUCGCGACCCUGCCCAGGCGGUGUCGGCGCCCCGGCGAACUGGGCUCGCCGUACGACAACAUGGGCCCGAGGGUCACCGCGACCGGCAGCUCCACUUUCUCGCUGGUCGAGCAGCCGGAGCCGAGCAUCGCCGUCGCGGCGCCCCUCAUCCAGCCGCCGCCCGAGUUCGUCUCGCUCUGAGCCGAGGCCGAGGUGCAGACUGUCAACGAGGAGGAGGACGAGGUCGACGAGACGACGCCGCUCGAGGCCGAGCCCAGUCCCGACGAGCCCGACGCCUUCAUCCUCUGGAAGUCCAGGCUCUAGACGAUCUGUGCUUCGUUAUAUUUACCCAGUGCGAGAGACGGGGGACGCUUUUCAGUGGCCAAAUUGUUGUAUAGAGAGAGAGAGAGAGAGAGAGAGAGAGAGAGAGAGAGAGAGAGAGAAAGAACAAAGCCGAGUUCUCGCGCGACGCUGAGACUCCUGAUGUAAAUACAGUGACACUUUGCAUCGGCUGAAGCUACAAUACGCAAGAGUUUACGCAUGAGAUUACCUAUAGCCUCGGCGCACACACAGACAGACGCAGCUCCUUGAAGGAGUACGAGGUGAUCGGGCGUCAGCUGCCCACAGAUAAGCUGAAAACCACUCCUCUCUACAAAAUGAGGAUAUUCGCUCCAGAUGCCAUUGUUGCCAAGUCUAGGUUCUGGUAUUUCCUUCGUCAACUCAAGAAAUUCAAGAAGUCGACUGGUGAAAUCGUUUCACUGAAGCAGAUCGCAGAAAAGUCGCCAAUCAAGAUCAAGAACUUUGGAAUCUGGCUGAGGUACGACUCUCGUUCUGGUACCCACAACAUGUACCGUGAAUACAGGGACCUGACUGUAAGUGGUGCAGUUACACAGUGCUACCGCGAUAUGGGAGCCCGUCACCGUGCCAGAGCUCACUCCAUUCAGAUCAUUAAGGUGGAAAUCGUUAAGGCUGCCAAUUGCCGCAGGCCCCAGGUCAAGCAAUUCCACGACUCUAAGAUUCGCUUCCCAUUGCCCAAGCGAAUCCAGCACAGCGGCAGUAUGCCCACGUUCAGCGUGCGCAAACCAAGGACCUAUUUCCUCUAAGAACUUUAUUUCAUACUGUUACAUCUUAUAUAAGGAAAUAAACAUAAAAAUUUCUAAAACCUACUA